AUGUCGCUGGCAUCAGGCCAUGCUCUCGGAACCGGGCCGUGUAGGUACGGACGCUUGGCUGUGUAUGCUGCGUGCGCUUGUGCGCGAAGGGUGUGUCGGACGUGUGUCCACCAAUUCUGUCGUUCGAGAAAGCCCCCUUACCAAACCCGAUUCUUUCGUAGGGCAAAUUUCUUGCCAGCGCAUCUCGCGUCCGUCAUUUUUUCUUGGAUUGCUCCGUCCUUCCCCUGUUUCUUUGGUUCGCCUCGGGUGACUCACCCAGACUGCUCCAGCUCUCAUCGGGCCUCGCGGUCCGCUCUCCUCAGUCGGCGAUACUCGCUUCUAAGAAAAGUCGACAAACACAGCAGGUAA